AAUGAUGUGAACACGCAGUUAGUUGAAUUUGACAGUCUAUUACUAAAGGAUCAAAAACGGUGGUUUACAAAACAGCAACUGUUUCUAACUAUUGUCAGGAGUGUCCUUCUGACCAUAACACCGCUAGAGACACUGUAUACCUCUCUGUGUGGCAGCGGUGUGUGUGCUGGAGCGCAUGCUGUUGCUGGACCCUGAGAGGCGGGUGAGUGCGUCGGAGGCGCUGGCCAUGCCCUUUUUCAGCGAGUUCAGAGAACCAGAGGAGGAGACUGAGGCCCAGCCCUACGAUCACUCCAUGGACAACACAGACCUGCUCCUGGAGCAGUGGAAACGUCACACAUUCACAGAGAUUCUGUCCUUCAGGCCUGCAGCAACAGAGACCAAGGACCACAAAGAGACAUCACUCUGAGAGUACACACAUACCUCUCAAUACCUGUCAAUGAUGAUUAUAAGGCAUUGUUGUAUUGUUGUACAGAUGUAAUGCGAAUCCAAUGUACAGAAUGUAGUUUAUUG